UGCCGCGGCCGGCGGGGCGGGGGUCCCGUGUUUUCCGAGUCAUGGAGGCGCUAAUUCCUGUUAUCAACAAGCUCCAGGACGUCUUCAACACGGUGGGCGCCGACAUCAUCCAGUUGCCUCAGAUCGUCGUGGUGGGGACGCAGAGCAGUGGAAAGAGCUCAGUGCUAGAAAGCCUAGUGGGGAGGGACCUGCUUCCCAGAGGCACUGGUAUUGUCACCCGGAGACCUCUCAUUCUGCAGCUAGUCCAUGUUUCACCCGAAGAUAAACGAAAAACAACAGGAGAAGAAAAUGACCCUGCUACAUGGAAAAACUCAAGACACCUUUCUAAAGGGGUUGAAGCAGAAGAAUGGGGUAAAUUCCUUCACACCAAAAAUAAGCUUUACACGGAUUUUGAUGAAAUUCGACAAGAAAUUGAAAAUGAAACAGAAAGGAUUUCAGGAAAUAAUAAGGGAGUAAGCCCUGAACCAAUUCAUCUUAAGAUUUUUUCACCCAAUGUUGUCAAUCUGACACUUGUGGAUUUGCCAGGAAUGACCAAGGUGCCUGUAGGUGAUCAACCUAAGGAUAUUGAGCUUCAAAUUAGAGAGCUCAUUCUUCGGUUCAUCAGUAACCCGAAUUCCAUCAUCCUUGCUGUCACUGCUGCUAAUACAGAUAUGGCGACAUCAGAGGCACUUAAAAUUUCAAGAGAGGUAGAUCCAGAUGGUCGCAGAACCCUAGCUGUAAUCACUAAACUUGAUCUCAUGGAUGCAGGUACUGAUGCCAUGGAUGUAUUGAUGGGCAGGGUUAUACCAGUCAAACUCGGAAUAAUUGGAGUAGUUAACAGGAGCCAGCUAGAUAUUAACAAUAAGAAGUGUGUAACUGAUUCAAUCCGUGAUGAAUAUGCUUUCCUUCAAAAGAAAUAUCCAUCUCUGGCCAAUAGAAAUGGAACAAAGUAUCUUGCUAGGACUCUAAACAGGUUACUGAUGCAUCACAUCCGAGACUGCUUACCAGAACUGAAAACAAGAAUAAAUGUUCUAGCUGCUCAGUAUCAGUCUCUUCUAAAUAGCUAUGGUGAACCUGUGGAUGAUAAAAGUGCUACUUUACUCCAGCUUAUUACCAAAUUUGCCACAGAAUAUUGUAACACUAUUGAAGGAACUGCAAAGUAUAUCGAAACUUCUGAGCUAUGCGGUGGUGCUAGAAUAUGUUAUAUUUUCCAUGAGACUUUUGGGCGAACCUUAGAAUCUGUUGACCCACUAGGUGGCCUUAAUACUAUUGACAUUUUGACUGCCAUUAGAAAUGCUACUGGUCCUCGUCCUGCUUUGUUUGUGCCUGAAGUUUCAUUUGAGUUACUGGUCAAGCGGCAAAUCAAACGUCUGGAAGAGCCCAGCCUCCGCUGUGUGGAACUGGUUCAUGAGGAAAUGCAAAGGAUCAUUCAGCACUGUAGCAAUUACAGUACCCAGGAAUUGCUGAGGUUUCCUAAACUUCAUGAUGCCAUAGUUGAAGUAGUGACUUGUCUUCUUCGUAAACGGUUGCCUGUCACAAAUGAAAUGGUCCAUAACUUAGUGGCAAUUGAAUUGGCUUAUAUCAACACAAAACAUCCAGACUUUGCUGAUGCUUGUGGGCUAAUGAACAAUAAUAUAGAGGAACAAAGGAGAAACAGGCUAGCAAGAGAAUUACCUUCAGCUGUAUCACGAGACAAGUCUUCUAAAGUUCCAAGUGCUUUGGCACCUGCCUCCCAGGAGCCCUCCCCUGCUGCUUCUGCUGAGGCUGAUGGCAAGUUAAUUCAGGACAGCAGAAGAGAAACUAAAAAUGUUGCAUCUGGAGGUGGGGGGGUUGGAGAUGCCGUUCAAGAACCAACAACAGGCAACUGGAGAGGAAUGCUGAAAACUUCAAAAGCUGAAGAGUUAUUAGCGGAGGAAAAAUCCAAACCAAUUCCAAUUAUGCCAGCCAGUCCACAAAAAGGCCAUGCUGUGAAUUUGCUGGAUGUGCCGGUUCCUGUUGCACGAAAACUAUCUGCCCGUGAACAGAGAGAUUGUGAAGUUAUUGAACGACUCAUCAAAUCAUAUUUUCUUAUUGUCAGGAAGAAUAUUCAAGACAGUGUGCCAAAAGCAGUAAUGCAUUUUUUGGUUAAUCAUGUGAAAGAUACUCUUCAGAGUGAGUUAGUAGGACAGCUGUAUAAAUCAUCGUUAUUGGAUGAUCUUCUGACUGAAUCUGAGGACAUGGCACAGCGCAGGAAAGAAGCAGCUGAUAUGCUAAAGGCAUUACAAGGAGCCAGUCAAAUUAUUGCUGAAAUCCGAGAGACUCAUCUUUGGUGAAGAGAACUGUUUAAUACUGAGACUUUGUUGACUCGAAACUUGCUAGUUACUGCCUACUUGAGUAGAAUUUUAUUUAUGAACUCCUGUGUAUUGCAAUGGUAUGAAUCUGCUCAUGUGAAGACUAGCUAUAAACUGAAAAUUGUACUCUGUAUUACGGAACAAAUCACACCUUUAAUCCAAAUAAUAAAUGGCUGUUUCUAAAGUU